CCGCCCCCGCCCGCCGCCAAUCCGCCCGCUGCGCGCACACACACACACGCGCCCGGCCGCAGCGUGAGUGACUGACUGACACGGGCUGCCGGACAGACUGACAGACUGGGGUGCUACCGCCGCCCCGCACGGAUUAUUCACCCUACGCCGGGGCGACGCAGGGAGCUACCCGGCGCAGCAGCAGGGCGGUGGCGGCGCCGCAGGGGGCCAGGAGGGUCCCUUGCCCCCGCCGGCGGACGGAGAGCGCCCCGGGCGCUGGCGGAGCCCGGCCAGUUGUUGAAAAAGCAGAUCCACGGCUCCACCUACUGGAGUUCAGAACUGCCAGCCAGGGUUGCUCUUGAAUGAAUGCUCCGCACUCCGGCAGACUUGUAUUAGCUUCUUGGCUGCAAAGAGCCACGGAUACUUUGCGCCCUGAUGGGGGACUCAGGAUCCAGACGAUCGACUCUGGUAUCUCGGUUGCCGAUAUUCAGGAGAAGCAUUAGCCGGAGACAUGAUUCCCUUCCUUCCUCACCCUCUUCUGCUAAUGCCAUUGGUGUCCACACCUCCUCCCCAUCCAGCACUAACUCCAGCUCAGGGAGCACAGGCAAGCGCCGGAGUAUUUUCCGCACUCCUUCCAUUAGCUUUCAUAACAAGAAGGGAAGCGAGCAGAAGCCUGACUCAGGUAGUCAAAAUGUUAACAUCUCAAACGGUGCCCAGUCCUCUCCCAGCACUUUUCCAAAACUGAGCUUAGAGGAGCACACUAAAAGCAGAGGAAGGCACUCGGUUAGCUUUGGCAGCUCACGUAGCAAGAAGAUCACAAGGUCAUUGACAGAUGAUUUUGAAAGGGGAAAGGAGCCCUCGGCCAAUAAGAAUGUCUUUAUAAACUGCAUAAGCUCUGGGAAGAGUGAGGGUGACGAUUCAGGCUUCGCAGAGGAGCAGAGCCGGUGCUCUGUCAAACAAUCCACACGAAAACUUCUCACUAAAUCCUUUUCCUCACACUACAAAUUUUCGAAAUCCGUGGCCGAGAGUCAGUCGGUUUCCUCUGCGCAGCCACCAAGAUGUUUGCUGGAGAUCAAAUCUCAGGUGGAAAGUGAACCUGUGAUUGCCAAGUCCUCUCUUCUAUGCUCAGCUGAGACAACAGAGUGCGUGGGCAGCUCCUUGCAGUCACCGCUGCUCUCAGCAGACCUCACAGCUGCACAAACCCCUUCUGACUUCGUUGCGCUGACGGAGGAUUCUGUUUCGGAGUUUGAUGCUCUGCCCAGCAAUGGAAUUGGGGGUCUGCUCACAGAAGAUUUUGGCCAAGCUGACUCUACCUCUCAGGUAUCCCUUAAUCCUGUUGCUGCUCCUGUGAGGGAAAUAAGUAUUGUGGACAGCACUGGCCAUUCUGCUGGUGUAUUUCAUGUGAGUCAAGCAAGCUCAUGUAGCAUGGAAUGUAACAACUUAUUCAAAGCCUCAGCUGCUAAUCAAACAAAAGUGUUGUUGCCAGCCAGUGAACUACACAUGAAUAAUGCGAGACACGCAGGAGAACUCAGCUCAACAAAUGCACAGUUAGAAACUUUUGCACUACAGCAUAGAGAAGAAUCAGUGGCACCCUCUCCAAAGGCACAGGGGUUGAGUGGGGAGGAAGAUGAGUGCACGCCACCCAAGCAUACAAGAGAGACAAUUCCAGCAAUGGAGUCUAAGAUUGUUCCAUGUUCUGAACCUCGGUUCUUUAAAACACAGCAAGGUUGUGAAACAAACAACUCUAAAGCUGAUCUUGCCAACAGCUUCAGCCCAUACCGGGAAGGCAGAUUUGUUGAGAAGCGCCUGAGGUCCUCAUCAGAAGGUACGGCAGGAGGCAGUCGGCUGAUCAUCAAACCCAAGGAUGCAAACACAGAAGAGCUCAGCAGCCUGCGGAAGCAGAGAGCAAGCUCAUCCUCUUCAAAAAUGAACAGCAUGGAUGUUCUGAAUAACUUGGGUUCCUGUGAGUUGGAUGAAGAUGACCUAAUGCUUGACCUGGAGUUCCUAGAAGAACAACAUCACCAUCAUUCUGUUUGCCGGGAGGACUCCUACCAGUCAAUAGUUUCAUGUGCUGCUGUAGUGCUUACCCCUGUAGAGCCAGCAGUGGACACAAGGAGAAAAGAGCAGACAGCAUUGCCUGAUGUGUCCAAACAGAACCUAUCUCUGAAACUGUCAAAGGAGAUAGAUCAAGGAGAAGCCAGGCACCCUCGUGUUAGCCAGUUGGCUGGCAGCCCAUCUGUGGAGUGGCCUUUUACUGGUCUGGAAGAAGGUGGAGGCAUUGAAUCUUUACCCUUCAGAUUGAUGCUACAAGAUUGCACAGCCGUGAAGACAUUGCUUCUGAAAAUGAAGAGGGUUCUUCAAGAGAGCACAGACAUGAGCCCAGCUAGUAGCACCACCUCACUCCCUGUUAGCCCUCUUCCCGAGGAGCCGUUAUUUUUCAAGGACGGGAUGAAAGAUGAAUGCUCAGUGCUGAAGCUGCAGCUGAAGGAGAGAGAUGAACUCAUAACACAACUUCGUGAGGAGCUGGAAAAGGCUCAGUGCUUUCAGAAGGCUCUGUCUUCCCAAGCAGAUAAAUCCACGCAGACAGAGCUGGUGGGCCAUGAUGCUACAUAUCCAAACAAAAUGGUGAGCCAAAAUCUCAGCACAAGGGACAGAAAGCCAGCACAUACUCCCACCGAGGACCCUUUUAGAUGCUCACCAGGCAGCCAAGCCACGGCCUUUGAGAGCAAGAGCUGUCAGCUGUCCAAUUUGUGUCUGAGCAACCUCCUGAAAGAGAAGGAGCUCAUGGAAGUCAUCAAGCACAGUAGAGGCACAUAUGAAAGCCUUGCUUCAGAGGUGACGCAGAACGGUUUGGCAGCCGCAGCAGCAAGCACAGCGAAGCCGGCGUGCAAGGCAGACAGCUACCCACUCUUCUCAGGAGCUCCCAAAGACCAGAGUGCUGGGCCUCGGCAGCACACUGCUUUCACAGGGAGACUGGGACAGCCUCCCAGGGGACCCAUCUCUUUACACAUGUACAGCAGAAAAAAUGUUUUCCUCCACCACAAUUUACACACAGCAGAGCUACAGACUUUAGGCCAACAAGAUGGGUAAAAAAGGUGCUUGUAUUUUUGCCAUGGAAGGAGAGUUGAUUAAA